GCCAAUCAAAGGUUUGUGUGCUGACCUGAUUUCUGGAAGCGCUGUGGGUUCUCCUGCAAACUUCUGUCUGUUUCACUCGGCUGGAUGCUGGUGAGCGUGCAGCCAUCAUGAACCUCAAGCUCCUUCUCCUGUGCCUCUUCCUGGUGGCACUCAUCUUACCUGCUGAGCUGAAGAAGAAGAAAAAACAUAAACAUCACCAUCGACACCACCAUGGGGACCAACUGAGGCACCAUCACAAAAAGCCCAAAAAGCAUGAAAAGUUCAUCGACAUCAUUACUGACUAUUUCUUCAACAUCGACGCUACGGCUGACGAUGAGGAUGAUGAUGACCCCCGUGAAUGGCUGUUUGACAUCCAGGAGCCCGAAGGUCUCUGCAACCCGAAUCCGUGCAAGCACAAUGGAGCGUGUCGGGAGAAGGGCGGCAGGAAAUUCAAGUGUGACUGUCCGAAGCCCUUCAAGGGCAGGAUGUGUGAAAGAGGUCCAAAGGUGUGUCGAAAAGGCCGAUGUGGGCGCGGUGAGUGUGUGCUGACCUCGACUGCUCCCUUCUACGAGUGCAGGUGCAAAGCGCCCUUCCUGCCUCCAGACUGCAAAACCUACACCGUGUGUCAGCCCAACCCAUGCCAGAAUGGCGGCCAGUGCAUCAGGGAUGGUAAUGACUUUGAUUGCGAGUGUCCUGCAGGAUUCCGAGGAAGGUUCUGCCAAGUCGGCCCUGACGACUGCUACGAGGACGAUGGAGAGUCGUACCGUGGCAAAGUGAGUGAGACAGAAGACGGACACACGUGUCUGUACUGGAACUCUCACUUCAUCCUGGAGUCCGGAACUGAUCCCUUCAACAACUUUGAGGACAAAGAUGGACUUGGCCCCCACAACUUCUGCAGAAACCCCGAUGGAGACUCGAGUCCCUGGUGUUUCUACCGACGUGGCAAGAGGUUGCUCUGGGACCACUGUGAUGUGACCGAGUGUCCAGAACCAACAGACGAGUCACCCACUGAGGGGGUACCUCCGGCGCCUGAGCCUACUGAUGAGGUCAAUAAGCCCAUUCCACCAACGCCCACUGCUGAGGUCUUGGAGCCCACUCCAGAAAAGCCCGACGAAGCCCUCCCCACUGAUGCUCGACCUCAGCAGCCAGAACCGUCUGCCCCAAUCCCACCUCAACCAACUAUUGCAGCAACACUGAAACCAAACAGCACCCUCCCGUUCUCCACCUGCGGACAACCUCAGCGAAAGAAGGUCUUCACGAGAAUCUUUGGAGGGUUGAAGGUUCCCCCUGGUUCUAUUCCAUGGCAGGUCUCCUUGCAAGCCAGACCUCGUGGCUCGCAGUUACCGUACCUGCACACAUGCGGAGGUGUUCUCAUUGAAAGCUGCUGGGUGCUGACGGCCGGACACUGCAUUGAGCAAAAUAAAGAAAUGCAGGUGGAGAUGGGAGGCCUGGCGCUGAACGCUGAUGAACCUAACGAACAAACGCUUAAGGUUGUGGAGGCCAUCAGGCACGAGAACUAUCGGGAGACUCCGACAGCUGUUCACAAUGAUAUCGCCUUGUUACGACUGGAGGGCUCGGACGGCGUCUGUGCUAAUGAGACGCAGUACGUGAAGGCAGCAUGUCUCCCUACUGGAGAUCUGCCCGACGGGAUGGAGUGCACCAUUUCUGGAUGGGGUGCAACUGAGGAUUCUCAGUAUGGUUCCAAUCAUCUGCUGGAGGCUGAGGUGCUCCUCAUAAAUCAAGAGAAAUGCUCUGACAAAAAAGUCUAUGGCUCCAUCCUGGACAACAGCAUGUUCUGUGCUGGCUACCUUCAGGGAGGGGUGGACUCCUGCCAGGGCGACUCCGGUGGACCGCUGACGUGCAACGACAACAACUCUCAUAUUGUCUAUGGUUUGGUGAGCUGGGGCGACCAGUGCGGGAAAAAGAACAAGCCAGGGGUCUACACAAGGGUCACCCACUUCCUGGACUGGAUCAAGUCAAAGACUGAAGCAUCAAAACAGUAGGCUGUAGGCAGUAGGCAGACUCACUGCACUCUAGAGUCUGAACUGAACUCUCACAUUUUCUGGAAGUUACCAGUCGUGUCUUGUAGUAUUGGGAACUUUGGUUUCAAAUAAAGAGGUGUAACACAUGC